AGUUCAACUAGUUCUAUGUCUAUAUGCUAUAUGCUAUAUGCUAUAUGCCAUACUCUGUCUCACUUUUUCCUUCUUCUAUUUUGUAUGAUAGUUGCAAGAGAGGGUUCACAUUGUUGUGUUUUCUUUGUUUAUCUUAAAAAACCUUAUUUUGUGGGAGAGAAUGUUCUUGUCUUUUGAAUGUUUUCCACCUUGGAUUCUCAACAUUUGCUUCUCUUCCUACUUUUUCUAAUGUCUUCUUGUCUUUAUCUAGCUGUUGCCGUCUUCUUCUUUUCUUUUCUUUUUUAAUUUUUAUUUGUAUUUGUAUGUAUAAUUUAACUUUCGGCCCACUGCUUUAUUGUUUAAAAGAUGCAUCUUCUUUGGUGUAUGUAUGCAUGUUUAGAAUUGUACUUAAUAGACACAAAUAUAAACACAAAACAAGUUUAAAUCUUCAUUUUGGAAUGUUAUAUGAGCUUUAUCCUUUUCUUUCUUGUAUGGACAACCGAAAGAAAUCUAAUGAGUGCAGAUUCAGGCAACUCAUAUUCCAUCAAUAUAUCCUCUUUUUGUUCUAAGACAACCAAUUUGCUCUAUAUAUUUGUCAGGGUGGUCCAAAUAUUGAGUUGCUCAUGCCCUCCACCUGCUCUGCUUUUCUGUGAUAUAAUUUCCAUUCUUGCUCUCAUUUUAUUUAUUUAUUUAAUUAUAACUAGCAAAGCAUAGGGUACAGCAAGAAAUUUCCAAGCAAGACUAAUUGCUACAGAUUUUGAUUUGUCUUUGGACCUUUAGUGUGAGAUCGCACUGGCUCCACUUCCACCUUGUAUUUGAAUAAUUUGGGGGCAUUACAAUUUACAAGCAGUUAGGAACACAUUUAUCAUAACAAUGGAUAGGCUGAACUCAAAGCUGUACUUGCAGAACUGUUACAUAAUGAAAGAGAAUGAGAAGCUAAGGAAGAAAGCACAGCUUCUUAACCAAGAGAAUCAAGCACUGCUCUCGGAGCUCAAACAGAAGCUGACCAAGGGACCAAACCCAAAAAACAAUGCUCCAAACAGUAACAUUUCUGACGUCAAUCUCAACUCCAGCUCAAAUGCAAAUCCUUCCAGUUCCAGCAACUGAUCUAGCAGGAUAUAUGUGUAUCAUUGACCCCACUUAGAUGCCCUUUCCUCUUUUUGUGUAAAACCAUAGUCAGCCAGUGUUAGUUCCAGUUUCAGUUAUAUAGGACAGUUGUAGUAUCUUUCUACCAGGGUCACUUUUGCUUCUAUUUCUAUCUUUUAUCAUAUCUUCUUUUCUUUUUUGGGGGGGGUUAAGAUAUAGAUUUCUGAACUACAAGGAUGUAUCAGACUAUCUGCUAGACAGGAAUAUAAUAUUUAUCAUAAUUUUAGCUC